AUGUCGGCAUCCAGCCGCGCCUUCACUUCUACUCGUACACUCUCUUCUUCUCCUCUGUUUUCACCUUCGAUUACUUCUUCAAAGAGCUUCACCUUCUUUCGCCUCCACUUUCGGCAAUUCAUUCAUCGCCAUAGCUUUAUUGUCAUCUCUAACAUCUCAAAUUUCAGCUCAAUCAUGCCGCAUAACCAGAAAAGGGGUGGUAGGACAGAACAAAGGUGGAUUCAGAAGCCAGGCAGCGACAAGAUGGAUGGGCCCUCUGAUGUACCAGAGGUUAAGUCUGCAGCUUCUGCUGAGUCUAUCACCAAUGGAAUUAAUAGGCUUGGGAUUGCUGAAAACAAUGCACAGCCUCCCGUUCCCGUGCCACAGUUCGGGAGUAUCAGUGUGGAUGAGAUAGCACCUCUUCAUGGGCAAAGCAAUGGACAGUCCCAUGUCUCAGUUGGAUGUUCUCUAGUAAAAAAUGCUAAUCUACAUGGUAAACAGUAUGUCUUCAAACCAAAGUCUUAUGGAACGGUGUCUGGUGCAACAACUGAUGAUGCAAUAACUACUACUACUACUGCAACUACCAGACAGGAAAAUGCAGCUCAAACUGCUGCUUUGAGCAAGUUGUUUAGACAAAAUCUGUUGGAGAAUUUCACUGUAGAUAAUUUUACAUACUCCACUGCCAAAAUACGAGCAACAUUCUAUCCUAAAUUUGAAAACGAGAAGUCUGAUCAAGAGGUUAGGAUAAGGAUGAUUGAACUGGUCUCAAAAGGCCUUGCUACAUUGGAGGUGUCACUCAAACACUCUGGAUCACUUUUCAUGUAUGCUGGUCAUGAGGGUGGAGCAUAUGCAAAGAACAGCUUUGGGAAUGUUUAUACUGCGGUUGGAGUUUUUGUUCUUGGAAGAAUAUUUCUCGAGUCAUGGGGCACUGAAGCCAGCAAAAAACAAGCAGAGUUCAAUGCAUUUCUUGAGCGAGAACACAUGAGCAUAUCGAUGGAAUUGGUGACUGCUGUUCUAGGAGACCAUGGGCAGCGUCCUCGGGAAGAUUAUGUUGUUGUGACUGCUGUCACUGAAUUGGGCUACGGGAAGCCUAAGUUCUACUCCACUCCAGAGAUUAUUGCAUUUUGCAGAAAAUGGCGCUUACCUACAAAUCAUAUUUGGUUGUUUUUAACAAGGAACUCUGUAACAUCAUUUUUUGCUGCUUAUGACGCAUUAUGUGAGGAAGGGACAGCUACAUCUGUAUGUAAAGCUCUUGACGAGGUUGCAGAUAUCUCCGUGCCAGGAUCAAAAGACCACAUAAAGGUGCAGGGUGAGAUUUUGGAGGGCCUUGUUGCACGUCUUGUAAGCCAUGAGAGCUCAAAACAGAUGGAGCUGGUACUGAAAGCAUAUCCUUCACCAAUAGGAGAAGUUCAUCAAGAUUUGGGACCAGGACUGCGGGAAAUAUGUGCCGCAAAUAGAUCGGAUGAGAAACAACAAAUAAAGGCACUUCUUCAGAAUGUUGGUACCUCUUUCUGUCCUGAUUACGUUGACUGGUUUGGAAUUGAAGCUGCUGAUGUACAUCCAAGAAAUGCUGAUCGAUCAGUUGUUUCCAAAUUCUUACAAGCAAAUCCUUGUGACAAUUCUACCAUCAAGUUAAAGGAAAUGGUUCGCUUGAUGAGAGAAAAGCGUUUUCCGGCUGCUUUCAAGUGCUACCAUAACUUCCACAAAAUCAAUACAAUAUCUGGUGACAAUCUUCAUUAUAAGAUGGUGAUCCAUGUACACAGUGAUUCAGGCUUUCGGCGAUACCAGAAAGAGAUGAGGUACAAACCAGACCUGUGGCCACUGUAUCGAGGUUUUUUUGUUGAUAUUAACUUGUUCAAGGCUAGUAAAGAGAAAGCUGAGGAGAUUGCUAGAAUUAGUGCUGAUAUUGGAAAAAAUGACAAAGAUAGUGACGACCCAUCUAGACAAAGUGGUUUAGCAGAUGAAGAUGCAAAUCUAAUGAUCAAGCUUAAAUUUCUUACAUAUAAGCUGCGAACAUUUUUAAUUCGGAAUGGCUUAUCCGUUCUUUUCAAAGAAGGUCCAGCUGCCUACAGGACCUACUACCUCAGGCAAAUGAAAAUAUGGAAUACAUCGCCAGGAAAGCAGAGACAACUCAGUAAGAUGUUGGAUGAGUGGGCAGUGUACAUAAAAAGGAAAUGCGGACACAGACAGCUUUCAUCGUCGGUGUACUUGAGUGAAGCUGAGCCUUUCCUUGAACAAUAUGCAAAACGCAGUCCAGAGAAUCAAGCCUUGAUAGGAUGUGCUGGGGACCUAGUGAGAACUGAAGAUUUCUUGGCCAUUGUUGAGGGAGGUAGAGAUGAGGAAGGUGACCUUGAGACCGAGAAGGAUCUAACGCCAUCUAGCCCGAGUCCUGAUGCUGUUCAGAAAAAGGAAGGUCUUAUAGUAUUCUUUCCAGGAAUACCUGGUUGUGCUAAAUCUGCCCUCUGUAAGGAAAUAUUAAGUGCUUCAGGAGGUCUUGAGGAUGAUCGUCCAAUCCAUAGUCUAAUGGGUGAUCUUAUAAAAGGGAGAUAUUGGCAAAAGAUUGCGGAUGAACGACGGAGGAAACCUUAUUCUAUUGUGCUUGCUGACAAGAAUGCACCCAACGAAGAAGUAUGGAGGCAGAUUGAGGACAUGUGUCGUAGUACUAAAGCAUCUGCAGUGCCAAUUGUGCCGGAUUCUGAAGGAACCGAGACAAAUCCAUUCUCUCUUGAUGCGUUAGCUGUUUUCAUUUAUCGUGUACUUAACCGAGUCAAUCACCCUGGAAAUCUUGAUAAAUCGUCUCCAAAUGCUGGAUACGUGUUGCUAAUGUUCUAUCACCUAUAUGAUGGAAAGAGUCGUAGAGAGUUUGAAAGUGAACUUAUAGAGCGUUUUGGCUCUCUUGUGAAGAUGCCUCUUCUGAAAUCUGAAAGGAGUCCCGUGCCUGAUAAAGUGAAGACAGUAUUGGAAGAGGGAAUAAAUCUAUAUUGGCUCCAUUCUAAAAGGCAUGGGAGAUUAGACUCCACCAAGGGGACUUACGUACGGGAGUGGGUUACAUGGGAGAAGCAAUUGCGUGAGACUUUAUUUGGAAAUGCUGAGUAUUUGACAUCUAUUCAGGUUCCUUUUGAAUUUGCUGUUAAUCAAGUGUUGGAACAGCUAAAAAGAAUUACGAAGGGAGAAUACACGACACCCACGUCUGAGAAGAGGAAGUUUGGAACUAUAGUUUUUGCUGCCAUUGAUGUUCCGGUUGCAGAUAUUCUUAAUCUUCUUUCAAAUAUAUCCAAGAACGAGCCAAAGGUUAAAGCGUUCUUGGAAGACACCAACAUGGCUAACAACCUCAAGACGGCUCACAUCACUCUUGCUCACAAAAGAAGCCAUGGUGUAACCGCUGUGGCCAAUUACGGUCCAUUCGUGAACCAAACGGUCCCUGUAGACGUGGCUGCGCUAUUCCUCUCAGAUAAACUAGCUGCACUAGAAACCCACCCAGGCUCCGUCGAUGGUCAAAAGAUAAGUUCUAAAAACCAGUGGCCACAUCUCACAUUAUGGACCGCCGAAGGCAUUCCACCCAAGGAAGCCAACACGUUGCCCGACCUGCUUUUGCAAGGGAAAGCUAACCGAAUCGAAAUCAAGCCGCCGUUCAGGAUCAGUGGCGUUUUGCAGUUCCAUUGAGAUUUUACCACAAGAGACUAUGCAAGAAAGCACAGCAUCAAAUAAUGUACAGAAUGAGUUUGAGAAUUGAGGUACACCUUCACUUAUAAUUUUCUGUAGGAUUAGUACAAGUUAUCUUCAUGUAUCUGUCUUGUUGCUUACUUAUAUCUGGUUUUUCAAUGUUUAGCGUAUCUGUUUUUCUCCCUUUCUCACGCUUUUCACUAGCUGGGGUGUAAGAUCCCACGUAUCGGUUGGGGAGGGGAACAAAGAUGUCAUAUAAAGGACUGAUAUACCUCAUCUAUCAUGCACGUUUUAAAACCGUGAGUCUAAGUAUGGGCAAAUCGGAAAAUAUCUGGUAUAGUUGGUAUGGGAUGUCACAUGGGGGUUUUCAUCGGGAUGGUUAUUGGUCGCUCUACUCUUUAGGGUAGAGGUCAUAUCUGCAUACGUUUUAAGCCCCGACCCCACCUCCAAAUGAGAUAUACUAGGCUCAUUUUGUUUGGUUCAGUUCAUGUUCAUCUCGAGAAAGCUGAAAGUGAACGCAAACCUAUUACGACUCGGUUUCAUUUAACAAGUGGGUCUAGUCCACUUUUCUGACAAUUUUUUUUCCUCCAAGAGAUUCUUUAAAAGAAAGCAUGAGUGUGUGUAAAAUUGCCCUAGAAAUGAUUACCAUGCGAGAAAUAACCUUUUACUUGCUCCGUCAUAA